UCUGGGGAUUUCUGACUUUGACUUCCAAAAGUCAGCACUCCGUUGAAAUCCUGGUUCUUCCCGAACAUCAAUACUUUGAUCAAUUGGUCUGACACUGGGUCCGUUCUCUUCGGUCACUCCCUUGCUGCUUUGCUCUUCGCUUGAGUCCCCGGCGAAGCUCCAGUAGUUACUACUGGUCCCAUUCAAACAAAAGUAAGGGCGGCUUGCGACUGUACACAGAAUGCAAUAGAAAGGCGAAGGCCGAAUUGCCCCCGAAAGUGUUGAAUUCGAUCCCUGUUGCUAUCCCCUCCGUCCUCUCUAUCAUGACCGGACCCACGAAAAUCAGCAUCCUGGGCCAGGAGAGUAUAGUCGCUGACUUCGACCUGAUUAGCGGCUGUCCCUCUACAACCUACGUCCUGAUCACCGACACGAAUAUCGGAUCGAUCUACACCCCUGGCUUCCAGAAGUCCUUCCAAGAGGCCGCCGCCUCGGUCUCUCCCUCUCCCCGCCUGUUGAUCUACAAUGCUCCUCCAGGAGAAGUUUCCAAGUCGAGACAGACAAAAGCAGAUAUUGAAGAUUGGAUGUUGAGUCAGAGCCCGCCAUGCGGCCGAGAUACUGUGGUUAUUGCGCUAGGUGGAGGGGUCAUUGGAGACUUGACAGGUUUCGUUCCUACUACGCUUCUGGCUAUGACGGCUAUUGAUACCCCCUUGGGAAAGAACUUGAUUGGCGCGAUCUGGCAACCGUCCAGAAUCUACAUUGACCUGGAAUUUUUGGAAACUCUCCCCGUCAGGGAGUUCAUCAACGCCGCCAUCUCCAGCGAAGAAGAAUUCACCGCUCUCGAAGACAAUGCCGAAAUUAUUUUGAGCGCUGUUCGCCGUGAGGUUAAGCCGGGUCAGCGACGAUUCGAGGGGAUCGAGGAGAUUCUGAAGGCUAGAAUCCUUGCGUCGGCGCGGGGUCUGCGUAACCUUUUGAACUGGGGUCACUCAAUCGGCCAUGCUAUUGAGGCUAUUCUGACUCCUCAAAUCCUCCACGGAGAGUGCGAAGCGGAGCUGGCCAGACAUCUUGGCAUCUUGAAGGGUUGUAUUGCCGCCUACGGCUUGCCUACAUCUUUGAAGGACUCGCGAAUUCGCAAGCUGACCGCCGGUAAGCACUGCUCCGUUGACCAGAUUCUUUUUAACAUGGCCCUGGACAAGAAGAACGACGGUCCCAAGAAGAAAAUUGUUCUCCUCGUUGUGCCGAAUGAGGAUAUCGGCGUCGUUCUUGCCCCCAGUAUUGAAGUGUACCCUGGCGUAUCACCGGCCUCGGAAGUGAGUAUCUCCAACCGAGCUCUGAACCUGCUGCAUUCCGAUGACACCGAGGUCAUGCUGAACGCCUUGGAGCGCCUUGGCGCCGCCACCUUCUCCUGGGAAGAGGAAGGCGAAGUCCUUGUUGUCAAUGGCAAAGGAGGUGCUCUUCAAGCUCAUCCUUCUCCGCUCUACCUGGGCAACGCGGGUACAGCCUCGCGUUUCUUGACCACUGUCGCAACCCUUGCCACUGCCAGCAGCGUCGAUUCAAGUCAGAGACCUAUUGGCGACUUGAUUGAUCUGCCGCUCAAGAUAGCCGCCUCAGGAGGGUUCACAGGUGGCCAAAUCAACCUCGCCGCCAAAGUGUCGUCUCAAUAUGUGUCCUCCCUGCUCAUGUGCGCCCCAUACGCUAAGGAGCCUGUGACCUUGAAACUGGUGGGCGGUAAGCCCAUCUCGCAGCCUUACAUUGACAUGACGACGGCUAUGAUGAGAUCUUUCGGCAUUGAUGUGAAGAAGUCUACUACUGAGGAGCAUACCUAUCACAUUCCUCAGGGACGUUACAUCAACCCUGCAGAGUACGUCGUGGAGAGCGACGCCAGUUCCGCCACCUACCCCCUGGCGAUUGCAGCAGUCACCGGCACCACGUGCACUAUUCCGAACAUUGGAUCCAAGUCUCUUCAAGGCGACGCUCGUUUCGCCGUUGAUGUUCUGAGACCUAUGGGUUGCACUGUGGAACAGACCGACACCUCGACCACCGUUACCGGUCCCGCCGACGGUGUCUUGCGGCCUUUGCCCAACGUCGAUAUGGAGCCAAUGACAGAUGCAUUCCUUGGAGCGUCCGUUCUUGCGGCCAUUGCCCGAGGCAAGGACUCGAACCACACAGCUCGCAUCUAUGGUAUCGCGAACCAGCGUGUCAAAGAAUGUAACCGCAUUAAGGCCAUGCACGACGAGCUUGCCAAGUUUGGUGUCAUCUGUCGGGAACACGAUGAUGGGCUUGAGAUCGACGGCAUUGACCGUUCCACCCUUCGGCAGCCGGCCGGCGGUGUUUUCUGCUACGAUGACCACCGAGUUGCAUUCAGCUUCAGCGUUCUAUCGCUCGUUGCCCCUAAGCCGACACUGAUUCUGGAAAAGGAGUGUGUGGGUAAGACAUGGCCCGGCUGGUGGGAUACUCUGCGCCAGAAAUUUGCCGUCAAGCUCGAGGGCAAGGAGCUGAAGGAAGCCGAAUCUCCCGUUCUCACCCGUGCCGAAAAGGCCAGUGCGUCGGUGUUCAUUAUCGGUAUGCGUGGUGCUGGAAAGACCACGAGUGGACACUGGGUUGCCUCUACGCUCAAGCGACCCUUCAUUGAUCUUGACGACGAACUCGAACGUAUAGAAGGCAUGACCAUUCCGGACAUCAUCAAGCAGCGUGGCUGGCAAGGUUUCCGAGAUGCCGAGCUUAGUCUUCUGCAGCGAACGAUGAAGGAGCGCCCGACCGGUCAUGUUUUCGCAUGCGGCGGAGGAGUAGUAGAGAUUCCUGAAGCUAGAAAGCUGCUUAUCGAUUGGCACAAAGCCAAAGGAAAUGUUCUGCUUGUCAUGCGCGAUAUCAAGCAAGUGAUGGCAUUCUUGAACAUCGAUAAGACCCGCCCGGCUUACGUUGAGGAUAUGCUGGGAGUGUGGCUGCGCCGCAAGCCAUGGUUCCAGGAAUGCAGCAAUAUUCAGUACUACAGUCAGCACGCUAGCGCAGGACUCCCCCGGGCGUCUGAGGACUUUGCGCGUUUCAUCAAGUUUGUCACAGGACUAGAGGACAGCCUCAGUACCAUCAAGAAGAAGCAGCAUUCGUUCUUCGUGUCGCUGACUCUUCCUGACGUGCGUGGUGCGGAUCAGAUCUUGGAGCAAGCAUGUGUUGGCUCUGAUGCUGUUGAAUUGCGUGUCGACCUGCUGGAGGACCCAGGCUCGUCGAACGGCAUUCCGACCGUCGAUUUUGUUGCUGAUCAGAUCUCCUACCUGCGCAGCCGUAUCACACUGCCCGUGAUCUUCACCAUUCGCACGAAGGGACAGGGGGGUCGGUUCCCCGACAAUGCUCAUGAGGAGGCGAUGCAGCUCUACCGGCUCGCAGUCCGGUCAGGAUGCGAGUUUGUGGAUCUCGAGAUUGCUUUCCCAGAUGAGAUGCUGCGCGCGGUUACUGAGAUGAAGGGAUACUCGAAGAUCAUCGCUUCGCACCACGACCCUAAGGGCGAACUUUCGUGGGCAAACAUGUCCUGGAUGAAGUACUACAACAGGGCGCUCGAGUACGGCGAUGUGAUCAAGCUUGUGGGUGUGGCCAGAAACCUCGAUGACAACACGGCUCUGAGGAAGUUCAAGAACUGGGCCGAAGAGGCUCACGACGUGCCACUGAUCGCGAUCAAUAUGGGGGGUAACGGGCAGCUGAGUCGCAUCUUGAAUGGAUUCAUGACACCAGGCUGCCCGGGCCAGCUGUCUGCGACAGAUAUUCGCAAGGGGCUGUCACUAAUGGGGGAGAUCAAGAAGAAGCGCUUUGCCCUCUUUGGAAGCCCCAUUUCCGAGUCCCGCUCGCCGGCACUGCACAACACUCUUUUCGCCGAGAUGGGACUUCCCCAUGAGUACAUCCGGUUGGAGACUACCAAUGUCGAAGAUGUCAAGGAUUUCAUUCGCGCACCCGACUUUGGUGGAGCCUCUGUGACGAUUCCUCUGAAGCUGGAUAUCAUGCCCCUACUUGAUGAGAUUACUGCGGAGGCCGAGAUUAUCGGUGCCGUGAACACCGUCGUGCCAGUUUCCGAUGGUGAGGACAAGCCGCAGCGGCUGGUCGGUCACAACACCGACUGGCAGGGCAUGGUCCAAUGCCUUCGUAACGCGGGCGCCUACGGAGCCGACGGCAACGCCAGUGCUCUUGUGGUGGGUGGCGGAGGCACAUCCCGCGCUGCCAUCUACGCUCUCCACCAUAUGGGUUUCUCUCCCAUCUACAUUGUAGGACGGAACCCUGCCAAGCUGGAGAGUAUGGUCUCCACCUUCCCCACCGGCUACAACAUCCGAAUCGUCGAGGGCAACGAGAAGCUGGAGCAUGUUCCCCAUGUUGCGAUCGGCACCAUCCCCGCCGACCGGCCCAUCGAUCCCGGUAUGCGGGAGAUCCUCUGCCACAUGUUCGAACGUGCCCAGGAGGCAGACGCCGACGCCGCCCGGACGAUUGAGGGAUCCCCUCGCGUACUGCUGGAGAUGGCUUACAAGCCGCGGGUGACGGCGCUGAUGCAGCUUGCUGUCGAUGCAGGGUGGACUACUAUUCCUGGGUUGGAGGCCUUGAUCGGGCAAGGAGUACACCAGUUCCAACAUUGGACGGGUAUUCGCCCUCUCUACGAACGUGCACGGGCUAUUGUCCUGGGUUGAUCGAAAAUCUGUGAGGAAAACAAAGCCAAAACACUUCAUGUUCUUCGAUAUUGUCUGGAAAAGCACAUUUACUGUGCAUAAGUCGAACCGAAGCGUUCCUUUCGGGAUUUAAAUCAGUUGAUAUGUUCUAUUUAUUUUAAGCAUUAUACUUGCAUACACACCUGGAAUCAACACCGUAGUGCAGAUGCAAAUACUGUAUAGUUACACAAACGCGCUAUCUAAUUGUCAAGUCAA